AUGGAUUUGCCAGGCGGUUGCAAGACAGUCACGCACAGGGGAUGCUGCCUGCGCUUGGUGUGCCCAGCCUGCACCGGACUCAGCCCCUUCCGGGCUGGGGGGCCCGGUCCUCGAAAACUCGGGGAGGGACGCAGUGGGGCCCCUGGUCCUCCUCCCUCGGCCGCCCAAGAGAGCCGGGCCUGGGGGUCAGGAGGUAUCGGGCGGCCGGAGGGCCUGGGGGUCGGUGCGGGCAGAGCGGUCCGGGAAAGAAGGGACGGAGCCAUGGCUCCACCGAGGAAUAGCUGGCGGGAUCGAGCGAUGCUCCGGUUCAACUUCUGCCGCCGCUGCUGCUUCCUCUUCUUCUUCUGCCGGGGAUGGUGGGCGUUGCUCUUCCUCCAGUUCCACAUGUUGCAAGCACUGGCACAAGAUGAUGUCGCACCCUAUUUCAAGACGGAGCCAGGUCUGCCCCAGAUUCACCUUGAGGGGAACCGUCUCGUGCUCACGUGCCUGGCAGAAGGAAGCUGGCCUUUGGAAUUUAAGUGGCUGCACAAUGACAUCGAAGCCACGGCCUUCUCCAGCAGAUACAAGUAUGUCAUCCCAUCCUUGCAAAGAUCCGAUGCCGGCUUUUAUCAGUGUGUGGUGAGGAACAGAAUGGGGGCACUCCUGCAGAGAAAAUCAGAAGUCCAAGUGGCAUACAUGGGGGAUUUCCUGGACGUUGACCAGAGGGAAACCGUGUUUCAAGGGCAAGCCGCGGUCCUCAGCUUCCCGCACAUCUCCAGCUACCCCCGACCACAAGUGACUUGGUUUAGAGACGGCCACAAGAUUAUCCCAAGCAGCCGAAUAGCCAUCACUCUAGAGAAUCAGUUGGUCAUCCUCGCGACGUCAACGGCGGAUGCAGGAUCCUACUAUGUCCAGGCAGUCAACGAAAGAAAUGGAGAGAACAAGACAAGCCCGUUUAUUUUCCUGAGUGUGAAAAGUGCUGCUGCUGCUUCCUCCAGCGUCAUGACUCCUGCUAUCGUCAUUCAUCCAGUCAAUACUAGUGUGAUAGCUGGAAGUAAUGAAGUCGUACUGGAAUGCGUGGCCAAUGGCAGGCCUACUGAGAAAUUAAGCAUCGCCUGGAAGAGAAACGGAGUCAAAAUAACCAGUGGAGUUAGCAGGUUUGGGAGACGCCUCGCUAUCGCCAGCCCAACCUCUGCUGACAUUGGAAUGUACGUCUGUGAGGCGCAGUCGAGAGACAGCUCUGCGGAGCCAGAGAAAGCAAAAGCUUUCCUCUCCAUCCUGGAGCCACCCUAUUUUACUGCUGAACCAGAAAGCCGAAUUGUAGCUGAAGUGGAGAAGACGGUGGAUAUCCUGUGCCAGGCAAUGGGAGUCCCACUUCCCACUCUGGUGUGGUACAAGGAUGCCGUCCCCGUUCCUAAACUGUUGAAUCCUCGUUACAAAGCCAUGAUCAACGGGACUCUUCAGAUCCAGCAGCUGCAGCCAGAUGAUUCUGGGAUCUUUCAGUGCGUUGCAAAGAAUGAAGCUGGGGAGAUUCUGAGCUAUACCUUCCUUGAUGUUACCAAUAUUGCUCCCACUUUUAUCCGGCCACCAGUGGACACAACAGUUACAGAAGGAAUGGCUGCGGUUUUAAGAUGCGAGGUUUCAGGGGCCCCCAAGCCUGCCAUUGCAUGGAAACGGGGGAGCCAGACUUUGGCUAGCGGCUCCGUCCAGAUCCCCCGGUUCAUUCUCCUCGAAUCUGGCGGCCUCCGGAUAACUCCCGUCUUCCUUCAGGAUGCUGGUAAAUACAGUUGCUGGGCAGUCAACUCCGAAGGAGACCUGAAUGCUUCUGCCGUGCUCACCGUGUGGAAUCGCACUUUUAUCGUCCGCCCUCCAGAGGACAGCAGUGUUAUUAAGGGAACCACGGCUACGCUGCGCUGUGAAGCAGCCCAUGACCCAAGGAUUUCAAUCAGGUAUGUUUGGAAGAAGGACAACGUUGUCAUAAAUCCAUCUAGCAGCUCCCGAAUCGCCAUCGAGACAGAUGGGACCCUCAUCAUUAGCCAGACGUGGUCCGGCGACAUUGGAGACUAUACAUGUGAGGUCACUUCCUUUGGAGGAAACGAUUCCAGAGUGGCUCGAAUGGAAGUGAUUGAACUGCCUCACCCCCCUCAAAACCUUCUGGCCACCUUGAAUUCUUCCUUCAGCCGCAGCGUGAUCCUUUCUUGGGUGCGCCCCUUUGAUGGAAACAGCCCUGUGCUUCACUACAUCGUAGAGCUCUCUGAGAACAAUUCUCCGUGGAAAGUGCACCUAUCUGACAUUGAUCCAAAGAUGACCAGCAUCACUGUGAGCGGAUUAACGCCAGCCCGCACUUACCAGUUCAGAGUGUGCGCCGUUAACCAAGUGGGCAAGGGCCAAUACAGCAGAGAAACCAGCAGGUUGAUGUUACCUGAAGAACCACCAAGCGCUCCACCCAAAAACAUUGUGGCUAGUGGACGGACCAAUCAGUCCAUCAUGGUCCAGUGGCAACCUCCUCCUGAAAGCGAACAUAAUGGGGUUCUCCAUGGGUACAUCCUCCGGUACCGCCUGGCAGGCCUCCCCGGGGAGUACCAACACAAGAACAUCACCAGUGCAGAGAUUAACUACUGCUUGAUCCAAGACCUGAUCAUCUGGACUCAGUAUGAGAUCCAGGUAGCCUCGUACAAUGGAGCCGGCCUGGGAGUUUUCAGCAGAGCAGUCACGGAAUACACUUUGCAAGGAGUGCCUACAGCGCCGCCACAGAACGUCCAAGCGGAAGCUGUGAACUCCACCACCGUCAGGUUCCUGUGGAACCCUCCUCCACAGCAGUUCAUCAAUGGGAUCAAUCAAGGAUACAAGCUCCUGGCCUGGCCGAUGGAUGCACCCGAUGAGAUGACCACAGUCACCAUCACUCCCGAUUUCCAUGGCGUUCACAGCGGCUACAUCACCAACUUGAAGAAGUUCACUGCCUACUACACAUCGAUCCUCUGCUUCACCACCCCGGGGGACGGGCCGCGGAGUCCGCCGCUGCUGCUGAAAAUGCAUGAAGACAAGCCGGGCGCUGUGGGGCAUGUGAGUUUCACAGAGAUUCUGGACACUUCGCUCAAGGUCAGCUGGCAAGAACCUGUGGAGAAAAACGGCAUAAUUACAGGCUACCAAAUCUCCUGGGAGGUAUACGGCAGGAAUGAAUCUCGCCUGGCUCGCACUCUUGCUAACACAACCCUCGAGUACAAAAUUACAGGCUUGUCAUCUCUCACCACCUACACCAUCGAGGUGGCAGCUAUGACUACGAAAGGGACCGGCGCGGUCACUUCAUCUACCAUUUCAUCAGGCGUCCCCCCAGAGCUUCCUGGUGUGCCAUCCAAUUUAGUCAUCUCCAACAUCAGCCCUCGCUCUGCCACGCUUCAGUUCCGGCCUGGGUAUGACGGGAAAACAUCAAUCUCCAAAUGGAUAGUGGAGGGCCAGGUUGGCGUUACAGGAGAGGAAGAGGAAUGGGUGACUCUGUAUGAGGCGGAGAAGGAGUCGGAUGCUCAGACGCUGGAGAUCCCAAACCUCACACCUUAUACAUAUUACAGGUUCAGAAUGAGGCAGGUGAACAUUGUCGGGCAGAGCCCACUCAGUCAGCCAUCUCGCAUCAUCCAGACCCUCCAGGCGCCGCCAGAUGUUGCGCCAGGGAGCGUGACCGUUCGCACGGCCAGUGAGACCAGCUUGUGGGUCCGCUGGGUGCCUCUCCCCGAUACUCAGUAUAACGGGAAUCCCGAGUCGGUGGGUUACAGGAUCAAAUACUGGCAUGCGGACGCGGCGUCUCCCUCACUCGUGAAGGUCAUCGGCGAUAGGCUGGAGAGGGAGCACACGAUCGAGGACCUGCAGGAGUGGACGGAAUAUGAGCUGCAGAUCCAGGCGUUCAACGCCAUCGGGGCAGGGCCCUGGAGCGAGGUGGUCCGAGGCUGCACUCGGGAGUCGGUUCCUUCAGCUCCACCAGAGAAUGUGUCAGCUGAAGCUGUGAGCUCCACUCAGAUCCUCUUGACGUGGGCAGCCGUCCCUGAACCAGAUCAGAAUGGGCUCAUUCUUGGCUACAAGGUUUUGUUCCGGGCAAAGGACGCGGAGGGCAAGUUGAGCAGUCAGGUGGUGAGAGGGAACCACACCUUCUCCGUCCUUCUGGCCGGCCUGUGCAAGUACGUGCUUUAUGAGAUUCAGGUGCUGGCCUUCACGCGCAUCGGCGACGGGGUCCCCAGCUCUCCUGCAGUCAUCGAGAGGACGAAAGAUGAUGCUCCUGGCCCCCCUGUGAGGUUGGUGUUUCCCGAGGUGAGAUUGACGUCUGUUCGCAUCGUUUGGCAACCGCCUGAAGAGCCCAAUGGGAUUAUUCUUGGAUAUCAAAUUGCGUACCGCUUGGCAAGCAGCAGCCCCAACAAGUUCACCACAGUGGAGGUUGGCUCCACAGUCAGGCAGUUUAUGGCCACAGACCUCCUCCCCGAGUCCGCAUACAUCUUCCGAGCAUCUGCCAAGACCCGUCAGGGCUGGGGCGAGCCCUUGGAAGCCACCGUCAUCACCACGGAAAAAAGAGAACGGCCGGAACCUCCCAGAGCACUGAGCGUCCCCCAGUCGGAAGUGACAUCCCGGAGUUUGCAUCUCCACUGGCGUCCUGGAAGCUACGGCUCUUCUCCAAUCCGAUACUUCACAGUGCAAAUCAAGGAGCUGCCAGAUGGUGACUGGCGGACAUAUUCCUCUUCCAUCAGCCAUGAAUCUACCUCCUGUGUGAUUAACAGGCUGAACCCGUUCACCUCCUACAAGCUACGUCUGAAAGCCACCAACGAUAUCGGAGACAGCAACUUCGGAGCUGAGACGGAAGCCGUAACGACUCUGCAAGACGUUCCAGGGGAAGCACCAAACUCUGUGUCGGUGACCCCGCACACGACAUCCUCCGUCCUCGUGCAGUGGCAGCCUCCGAAGGCUGAGAGCCUGAAUGGCCUCUUGUUGGGAUAUCGCAUUUAUUACCGGGAGUUAGAAUACGAAAGCUCAGGACCGGAGUCCAAGAUGAUUAAAAACCCUUCAGCUUUACGAGUGGAGCUUACACCCCAAAGCAGCUUCAAGACAGUGAACAGCAGCUCAGUUUUAACGGCAUACGAAUUAACACAGCUGAAAAAAUACAAGAGAUAUGAGGUGGUGAUGACAGCGUACAACAUCGUCGGGGAGAGUCCUGCCAGUGCCCCCGUGGAAGUCUUUGUCGGCGAAGCAGCGCCAGCAAUGCCCCCCCAGAACGUCCAGAUAAACGCACUUUCUGCCAGUCAGCUGGAAGUCACUUGGGAACCGCCUCCUGUUGACAGUCAGAACGGGAACAUACAAGGCUACAAGGUCUACUACUGGGAGCCGGACAGCCGCAACGAGACAGAAAAAGUGAAGGUCCUUUUCCUCCCGGAGACCAGCAUCCGGCUCAAGAAUCUGACCAGCUACACCAAAUAUCUGGCUUGCAUCUCUGCUUUCAACGCGGCGGGGGACGGCCCCAAGAGCAGCCCCUCGCAAGGCAGGACUCACCAGGCUGCCCCCAGUGCCCCCAGCUUCCUGGCCUUCUCCGAAAUCACGUGCUCAAUGCUCAAUGUGUCGUGGGGGGAGCCGGCUGCAGCCAAUGGCAUCCUGCAGGGGUACCGGGUGAUCUACGAGCCUCUCUCCCCAGUUCAGGGGGUGAGCAAAGUGGUGACCGUUGACAUCAAAGGGAAUUGGCAGCACUGGCUGAAAAUCCGUGAUCUCACCAAGGGAAUUACGUAUUUGUUCCGCGUGCAAGCAAGGACCAUCACCUACGGACCCGAGCUGCAAGCCAACGUCACCGCAGGGCCAGGGGAGGGAUCUCCUGGUCCCCCUCAACAUGUCGUGGUUUCAAAAACGACCUCCGGCCUGACUUUAUACUGGACCGAGGGAGUUUCGGGAAGCGCGCCCACCACUGGCUACAUCAUCGAAACCAGACCCUCAGACGAAGGGCUGUGGGACCUGUUCACGAAGGACAUCCCCCGCAGCGCCACCUCCUACUCCGUCGGCAGGGACAAGCUGAAGCAGGGGGUCAGCUACGAGUUCCGGGUGGUAGCCGUGAACGAGUUCGGCUACGGAGAGCCCAGUGCCCCCUCGGCGGCCGUAUCAGCUCAGCUGGACUCUCCUUUCUAUGAAGAGUGGUGGUUCCUGAUCGUCAUGGCCCUUUGCAUCCUGAUCCUCCUCCUGCUCAUGGUGUUCACACUCAUCCUGCACAGCCAGACCAAGAAGUAUAAAAACUGCAACACGGGAAAAAACAUCUCCAACGCGGAGGAAUCUGUCACCCUGGAUAACGGGGGCUUCACGGCCCUGGAGCUCAACAGCCGACACCUCAACGUCAAAAACACUUUCUCCAAGAAGAAUGGGACGAGGUCCCCUCCCCGCCCGAGCCCUGGAGGAUUACACUAUUCUGACGAGGACAUCUGUAACAAGUAUAAUGGAGCAGUGCUAACGGAAAACGUUGCCCUCAGUGAGAAACCCUUGGAUGCGUCAGAAUCAGAGGCGACCGAUUCGGACUACGAAGACGAGCUGCCAAAGCACUCAUUCGUGAACCAUUACAUGAGCGACCCCACCUACUACAACUCGUGGAAACGCCACCAGAAAGGCACCAAGCCCCCGGCGCCGUACAGGUAUGAGGAGUGCGUGGCGGGCGAGGCGGAGCCUUAUUUCCAGACUGUCAUCACGACACAGAGCUCGGGAGGGGUUUACACCCCGGCCGGGCAGGCCGCCCCAGGCUCACGGACUCCAGUGACAGGUUUCUCUUCUUUCGUCUGA